AGUGUAUUGUUUGCUAUACGUCGCAAACAAACGAUACUUGGUCAUCUCGACGACAACAGUUUUUCUUUGACAUCGAUUUACUCUACGAGUUAUCCAUCCAAUUAAUUUCAACAUUUUGUUGUCGCCUCAUCAGCACCUAGCCUCGGGAGCAACAGCCUUUUAAUAGCACAAUUUAAUAUCAAAUCGUGUUACAGACAAAGCGCUGCGCCUCCACUAUCGAGAUAACCACGUCGACAACUAAUUCUAACAUUGCUGGAUUAUUCUUACCUUCUCUUGCCGGCUGAUCAUGACUUUGUGAUAAUCACCGACAAUCUGGAGGCGACUUAAUUGGUCUUGUUGCUUAUUGGUGUGGAAGAGUCGCUUCGGGCCCGACGAGAUUUUAUAUGAUACCAUGUCGCUUCCUCAACCCUCAUUCCCUUUGACGGGCGCUUGUAGUGUCAUUUUCGACAAUACCCUUUACUCCUUCUCGGCCGCUGGAUUCGAAUCAUUGGCCUUGGAGGAUGGAGCUGAAUGGAUGAAGCUACCUGGUGGCCAGCCGGUCGAAGGUGCCGUUUGUGUUGGAUCAACACCGAAGGAUUCCUCGACUGCUGGUUUGUUCGUUGUCGGUGGAACAUCGAGCUCGUCCGACUACACCGGCCUCCAGAAAUUUACAUAUGCUACCAAGAAAUGGCAGACUAUAACACCACAGGUACCGGUGACGCAAAAUCGAACAUGGCAUAGCGCGACAUAUGUCAACGCCACUGAUUCUAUUUUAAUUUACUCCGGAUCGACAGAUGGACAACCGAAUCUAUCGUCGCAAACCUUCACCGUUACAGCUAGCGAGCCAUACUCGGUAUUGGCUUUCCAAUCCGAUAUUUCGCCGCCGGGUGUCGCGCCAGUUCUUCUACCAUGGUCGGAAACACAGGCGGUGUUGAUUGGUGGUAACCCUACUAACGUGAAUGUAAUGCUAUUUGAUGCAUCGGGUUCUUGGAGAGACUCAGGCACGACCCUGGCUGAGCCUCUUCCUAAGAACACGACAUUUAUAAAGGCUGCUUUGAUUAAUGGCGAUGAUGGCAGCAAACACCUUUAUACAUUUGAUCUCACAACUUCACCAAACUCCGUCAACAGGACGAUGAUACUAAACUCGCAUGGGGGUGCAAUAGCUAAUGCGGCUCCAGCCUCGUCGGCGUCAAAGAGGUCAGCCGAGGAUAGCGAUAUUGAGAAACGAGAUCUCACAGAGGGGAAUUGGCCACAAUACAACUCAACCCUAGCACCGGAAAAUACGCGUAGUGCUUACUCUAUCGCAACCGAUUCGAAUGGUUUGGUGGUAAUGUCGGGUGGUAAUGACGAUGAAAUAUUAUGCAUGUUCAAUGCGAAAGAGAACAGCUGGAAGAACGCAACAACUGUAUUUGGACAGCAAAAGGGCACGUUUUCGAUCGAGUCAACGCCAUCUUCGACUACGACUACCCCUACAGCUACGUCGUCAUCUUCAUCUUCGAUGUCGACUUCUACUGCUCCACCAGCAACUACCACAACUGAUGCGCCCGUUGCCGCUGCUACUGCUCAAUCUGAAACAUCUGCUGCAAACAGCGGGUUGCCCCCAACGACUCUUUUGGGUGUAGUAUUAGGAACUAUAUUUGGCUUCGCUAUUAUCUUACUCUGUUUAUUAUUCUGGCUUAAGCAUCUAAGGAAGCGACAAGCUUACAUUGAGGCGGGACACGCGAGAAGAGCAAGCGGAAUCCCAGAUGAGAAAGAUUUCCUAGGACAAGAAAUGGCAAAGACAUCUGGUGGGCAAUUCCGAGGACACUACCCGCAGGAGUCGGCAGGCUCAUUCUCAUCAAUGGCUAUUUUGAUGGGCAAGACUCAGAAGCCAGCUAUUCAACGAAAGGCGAGCAACGAUACAAAGCGCAGCUCCGUUAGCAGUAUCUUUAACAAGCAGUUUAAGAGCACUAUUGGUCGACCGCAACCUCAAAUGAGUCCGGAACCUAGUUUCAUUCCUAGGGAUGAAAAGGGUGUCUCUUUUGAGGCUGGCGCCAACGAUCCUAAGCCCCGUCCCCGCCCAGCAGUUGACCAGGAAGGCACGAGAAGGAGCUCCGGCUGGAAUAAGUACUGGUCUAGCGGCAGCACGCUAUCGGUCCUUGGCUUUGGAAGCAGUGGCAACGCCGCACACCGCGAUACCAAUGGCUCGGAGCCGAGUUCUAUUUACUCGGACAAGAAUCGCCUAACUCAGGAUUCAGCUACAGUGCCACCGUUGCAACCAUUGCAAGUCCCAGUACAUGUUGGAGGACGAGCAGAGUUGAACCGUGUCAACUCGGGUAGCCCGACAGUCUCACAAUACAACCCAAGAAUCGGGGAAGAGAUGUCUGGUCAAAUCGAGGAGCGACCUGUAUCCCCCGUAUCAUCUUCUGGUUAUUCUAGUGGUAUCCCAGCUAGUAUUCGCGACACAUGGGACCCGACAACGGCGAAGAAGGCCUGGGAUAAUGAGCGCGCACCAAGCAGCACCUAUAGCUCAAGCAUUUAUCAAACCGCUCUUAACCCGCCUGGUCCGAACCGACCUCCAACUGGCGUAUCAACGCAACCGCAGCUGGCAAUGGCAUCUAAAUCAAAUGACUUGAGCUGGCUAAAUUUGGGGGAUAACAACCGGCCAUACAGAUAAGUCAGGUGUCUUGCGUUCGGCGUUCUUUUUCACUAUAUUCAUCGUCUUAAUGAUCCUGUUACGAAAAAAAGUUUCAUGACCCUCGC